AUGCCUGUUACGCGAUCGGUCACAUGUGCUAGUGAAAUGAAUGCUGAGAAGACUACAACGAAACACGCUUCAAAGCAACAGAAUGACUUGCAUUCUAUCAGCAACACUACCACGAAAACAAAUGCCAAAGAUCCAUCUCCAGCGGAAAGGCCGCCUCAGAGCCGCAGAUUGCUAGAAUGGAUAUCGCUCAAAGAUCCACCAAAUGGUGUCAUCCCAAAUAGCGAUGAACUCUUUGGCACGCUCCAAGAGAUACACAAACUCAAAGAAUGCAUUGUUAUCGCCCGAGGCCGUCCACGUGAACUAAGCGAGAUUGAGUGGUUGAUUAUCGAGUGGAGAAGCAGCAGAGACAGGGAAGAGUUUCUUACCUCAGCGCUUUUCCUCAGAUUGAAUGAAGCCCUUGCACAUCGCUCGUGGAGCCAAGAAGUUGCCUGGCCGAUCUGUGAUACUGGGAAGAUCAUACGCGCAAACCCGCUUUUCCCCCCACAGAGGCUUUAUGAGGUCCUGACAAUCUAUUUCCCUGCAGACUUAGAUCGGGAAGCUAUCUUCUCUAUUGAAAUGUUUAGAGGGCUACCCUGCUGGCACAUUGAUGAUGAAGACCCAGCUGAAUAUCCCUCAGCGGCGCUCAAGUCCCAGAGUCCUGCAUGGAUAGAGGGGACUUGUGAGUAUCAGAGGCAAACUGCAAGGAGGUUAGCUUAUUUCAUUGAGUUCGCUAACGAGGAAGGAGAACGAAUCUAUAAAGAAAAGGUGAGGUAUAAUCCACGCGGAAGGCCACCUUGGGACGUCAUGGUGAAUUUCUUUGACGAGCUGAAAGAUCUUGGGAUGAUCGGGUACCAAUCGCUGCAUGUUGAAUUCGUGGAGGUUGUUCACUAUGUACCGGAGAACUACGUACCAGAGCCUCCCCGCCCUAUAUCUCCUGAAGCGAUGAAGCGUUUAGAUGGUUUGCCAGCCUACGACUCAGAUGUAUCAUUAUAA